GAAAGGUGCAACUCCUUUUGUCCUUCCCCUUCCUGCCUUCCUCCCUUCCUCCCUUCCUCCCUUCCUCCCUUCCUUCCUCCCUUCCUCCCUUCCUCCCUUCCUCCCUUCCUCCCUUCCUCCCUCCUCCUCCUCCGUCCUUCUUCCUGGAGGAGGCGAGAUCAUCCCCUGCACAUGCGCAGGAUUGGAUGCCAUUGGAUGAAGUGGAUGAAAGGGACAAGCGCAGAAAUUUGGGCGAAUCUUUGGGCAUCCAGUUUGGAGAGGAGGGGCCUGAGAUUCUGGAGCAUAGUCAGGCCGCAGCAGCACCAGAAGGGCAGCCCCGCGGCUGGUGCAUUGCAGUGGCUGAGAAAGAGGUGGUCCUAGCUUCCUUUGCUUGUGGGGAGAUGGACGUUGACAUCGAGUCCGGGAGACCGUCUCGGAGCUGGGCAACUAUCAAGCGAGUCUUAUGGGCGCGGGAAGAGCAUCGGGCUGCAGACAAGAAGAAAAAGAAGCACCUGGAGGAGUUAGAAGAACUCAAGGUUUCGGCUGAGCGCUGCCUACCACCGGUGGUGGUAGGACGCAUUGCCGUCGGAGCCCGAGCGCUGCCUACCACCACUGGUGGUAGGCCCGAGCCCCGCCUACCACCACCGGUGGUAGGUGCAGCAAAGAAAGGUGCAGCAGGGGUCAGGAGAGGUGCAGGAGGGGUGCAUGAGGUGCAGGGAAGAGAGGCGCAGCAGGGGUCAGGAGAGGUGCAGGUGCAGGGAAGAGAGGCGCAGCAGGGGUCAGGAGAGGUGCAGGAGGGGUGCAGGUUUCCAACCACUGCAAUGCACCAGCCGCGGGGCUGCCCUUCUGGUGCUGCUGCGGCCUGGCUAUGCUCCAGAAUCUCAGGCCCCUCCUCCUGCGGCUUGGCCGUGAUAAGCUUGACACCAGGAGGGCGCCGAAUGACAUAUUUGUACUCCAGUCUCUUUGAACUCGAGGAUGCCUGCGACUUGGCGGAGUGUGAGCUGAAGGCCGUGGCGGUGCGAGGUGGAGCUGCAACAGGGCAGGGGGAGGCUUCAGCUACAGCACUGACGCGGCCGGCUCAUGAUCGAAAAUGGCUUUGGGCGGUGUGCUGUGACGAGUGUCAUGCCGACAUGAUGGGAUGCGUGGUGUGCGCAUCGGAGAUGCAAGUCGUUUCCCCUGUGUCGACGGAAGCGGAAACGUCCAGAUUGAAAGGAAACCGAGCCAUCGUUUGGUUUGCUGCGAAC